AUGGCAAUACCAUCUGGUUCGUCGAACGAUGGCGCUGGUUAUGAAAAAUUUGGUUUACAACUUUACAAUGAAAUCAGCAAGAGUGACGGCAGGAAUGAAAAUGUAUUUCUUUCACCGGCGAGUAUGGCUCUUGCCAUGUCAAUGUGUACAGCAAAAGCUAAAAAUGAAACACUUGCUCAAAUGUUGAUAACAAUGAAUUAUAAAUCGAUUACUGAUUUAAAUUGUACUGCACAAACCGUCAUGGAAGUCAUUUUAUCUGCAGAUGAAGGUGACAUCAAAUUGAAAUUGGCCAAUCGUUUGUAUGCUCAGAAGAACUGUCAAAUAUUGAACGAAUAUUGA